AUGGCCUUGAACUUCCCUUGGAUUUAUCCUGUUCGCGUCGCCCAGGUAGUGUUCGCGAUCAUCGUUCUCGGAUUGACUGCAUAUGCUGUCAGUGUAGUCCGCUGGAGUGACACCGUCAAUUUCAUGCUUUUCAAUGGCGUCUGGACUGCCUUUGUUGCGACGCCUUAUCUUGCGCUGGCCCCGGUUUUCUUUCCCCAACUGGCGCAUCGUUUUGUCAUCCCAGCUGUGGAAAUCGUGACCAUGAUUUUCUGGUUUGCAGGGUUUAUUGCGCUUGGUGUUUUGCUCCCGUCUCCGGAUUACUGCCACUGGGGUCAAUGCAGGGCAUUGCAAGCUGCAACCGUGUUUGGGUCGUUCGAAUGGGCAUUGUUCCUUGCUACGACCAUUGUAGCUAUACUCGGUGCUUUGCGAUCUGGCGGUCACAGUACGAAGCCUGCCCCGCAAACUACCACCCAGAUCGGAGUCUAA